AUGUCAGAGCUGCGAGCCAAGAGCACGUUGUUCGACAACUAUGCUACCGAUGUCAAGCUUCAGCUCACGGAACGACCAGGCGGAUGUCACGGUGAAUUAAUGGUGUAUUUCAGCUGCAAGAACAAGCUCUACGGGUUGAAGAUUGAGGCCUCCGUGUCACCCGAAGGAUUGAUGGUCGACAUGUGCAACAACGCGCUUGGGCUGAAAAAGUCCGACCAAGAACUGAACAUCGAAGACCACGGCGAGCAGGCAGGAACCCACGGUUCUAUCUGGGCGUUUUUGGUUGACAAGGGAUACUACGGCGUGAUGACAGACUUGCGAGGUGUGCACCCAAAGAAGAACCCACCAAUAGGCCUACUGGAACGCGACGACGAUGAGCGGAACCGUCAAGUGUAG